CUGCGCAUUCGAUUGUGAGUCUCAAUUGAGCCGGUCAAGUGUACGGACGUAUUUAGUUUAGAUACAAAAUAAAAGUUAAAAAAAAAUGACGAAAUUUUUCAUUGCUGCUCUACUCUGUGUUGCUGCGUGUGCGCAGUUGUCCACCGCUGCUAGCAUUGCCGAAGCGAUCGAUAUCGAUCUGCGCGAAAACUUAAGUAGCUACAACAAAAUCCUGCCCGAAGUCGACGCAGCACACAAAGCCGAUUUGGAAAAGCUGAUCACGCAGACAGAGACUGCGCUCAAGGAGACCGACCCCAAGGAGAAGAACAAAAUUUUGGAUGCUCUACAUGGCGCUUUCCCCGAAGAAUUCAAUCAGUAUUUGAGCAAGAAAUUGCAAGAACUCCAUAUUGAUGCGGAUAUUCAACGUUCGCUCAGCUUCUAUACUACGCUGUUGGAAAAGACUGAAGCCGGCGAAUGGAAGCAGGAUAUUGAACAGGCUAUCGCCAAUUUGAACUCAAUCACGAGCGAGACUGAUGCUGCCAAGAAGGUCGAAUUGUAUGCACAAUUCUCCAAGCAGCUCAAAACUGAUUUCCAGGAUUUCUUGAAGAAGCAAACUUUGCCACAGAUUGAGCAGUCGUUGAGCGGUACUAUUAAAUUCUUUGAUGGUUUGCUGGCGGAAGCUGAUGCGCCGCACAAGAAUGAAAUCGCCGCCUUGAAGACGCAGGCUGAAGCUGGUUUGGCUGCCACCACCUUGGAGGAGAAGCAAAAGAUUUACUAUGAAAUCACCAACCCAGCCGAUAAAGAGCUCUUCAAUUACCUGAAGGAAAAGUACAUUGAGAAGAACUAAAGUGUUGGAUGACUAAUGAGUUUUGUAUGAUAGUAUCGUAAAUAUAAUUUAUCUAAUUGUUAAUUAAUGUGUGACGAAAAAAACGACGGACUAAUGCAAAAGCGUUUGUGUGAAAAUUAAAAUGAAUUGCAAAUAAAAAGGAAUAUGCUAAAUAAAA